AUGAGGGAAAAGAGCCUGUCGAUACGACGACCACUAUUCAAUCAUGGAGUCUACUUCAUAUCAUCCCGUGGCAAUGAAUACUUCUGCGAGAUCGACGAAGAAUACAUCACAGAUCGCUUCAACCUAACAGGACUAAACACCGAAGUCCACUACUACCAACACGCGCUCGAUCUUAUCACGGACGUCUUCGACCUCGACUGCGAAGACGAUAUGCGCGAGACGAUCGAGAAGUCCGCUCGCCACCUGUACGGCCUCGUGCACGCACGAUACAUCGUGACGACGCGCGGUCUGGCAAAGAUGGUCGACAAAUUUAAGAAAUCCGACUUUGGCCGUUGCCCACGCGUGCUCUGCGACAGCCACCCCUUGCUUCCCUUCGGACCAAGCGACAACCCAGGUUUGAAAAGCGUGAAACUAUUCUGCGCCAAGUGCGAGGAUAUCUACAAUCCCAAGUCGUCCCGGCACGCUGCUAUCGAUGGCGCGUACUUCGGCUCCAGCUUCCACAACAUCCUCUUCCAGGUGUACCCGGCCCUCGUGCCUGUCAAGUCCCGGAGACGGUACGAGCCGAAGGUAUUUGGGUUCCGCAUGCAUGCAGCAGCAGCGUUGGGUCGAUGGCAGGAUGGCGACCGGCGAGACAUGCGCGCGCGGUUGAAGGCGGCAGGUGUGAUUGCUCAGGACGCACAGCUGUACAUCGAAGACGCAGAGAGCAGUGACGGCGACGGGGAAGACGAUGCCGACGACAACAACGGAGACCGUCGAAUGGCCGGUGCAAGCGGCGGCGUCCCGACAGGAGGCGAACCCGAGGCUACCGCUCAGCAAGUGAGAGGUCCUGCAUAG